GAAUGGAAUCAGUCAGGCCCCGCCUCUCUCCCCUGCCCGGCUGCCAGCUCAGGGACAGACACAGUACGGAGGCGCAAGGUCUCACCCUGAGGGGAUAUGGCAUCCAUGGCAGCGGCCAUCGCUGCCGCCCGCACCGCCUCUAUGUCCGGCAACCGGCCCCUGGAUGAGAAAGAGCGGAGCCGCUUCGCCUACUUCUCCUCGCUGAACCCCAUGGCCCGGAAGAUCAUGCAGGAGAAGGAGCGGCUGAAGCAGCGCUAUGGGCCGGACUGGGAUCGGAUGGAGCCCCGGGAACAAGAGGAGGCGAUCGAUCGGCACAUGGUGGAUCCGCAGCUCCGUGCCCGCUACGCCUUACACCGUGAGACCGGCGAUACCCAAGCGGUGCCCUCUUACCCUGUGCUCAAGCUCCACACCGGCCAGAAGGUGGUGCACUUCGGGGAGGAGGACAUAACUUGGCAGGAUGAACACUCUGCACCCUUUUCCUGGGAGACAAAAAGCCAGAUGGAAUUCAGCAUUGCCUCCAUGUCUGUCCAAGAUUCCACCAGCACCCCAGCACAGACUGAGCAAAAGCAAACCCCCAAACCUCCUGGGCCCAUCGUCCAGAAUAUGAAAUCCCCUCUUGGAAACCAGCAAGCCAAAGCGACGCCAGCUGGCAAGGCCUCCAAUUCGGACGCCUCUACUCCGCUGCGAAAAGAAGAAGAGUCGGCUUUCUGGAAGAUUACCUUGGAACGCUCGAAGAUAGACAACUCGCAGUCUGAGUUUCCCUCGCUCACUCCCAGCCAGAUCAAAUCUUUGGAAAAGGGAGAAAAGCCCCUUCCCAGCUACUGUAGGCAAGAUUCCUUCCAGAAGGAGAAGGAAGCGGUCAAACCUGAGAAGGCAGAGAAGCCACUGGUGGUGACCAAGCAGCCAAAGACCACAAACUUCAACCUGCCCUCAAUUAGCCUGGAGUCAAAUAAAGCACAGCCAAGCCGCCCUUCUGUCAGCACUUUAGAUGAUGUCUUUCUCCCGGAGCCAGCAACCCCGGCAGUGCCUGUCACACAACCCAAAAAACCUGAGACCGAAGAGGUCUCAACAGAACCUCAGCUCUUUUCACAAAUCAAUACGAGCAGCGUUGUGCUAAAGACCGGCUUCGAUUUUCUAGACAACUGGUAACGGUGAGGCACACUGCGGAGGAGCAGAUGAUGAUUGAUGUGUGGGUUUUUGCAACCUUUCUUGCCUCCCAACAGAGGGCUUUGCGCAACUGUUCCCUUGCUUCUGUCUACUAUUGUGAUGUUCCAUUUGAAGUUUGUAAGUCUUGUUAUGGUAAGGUCAAGCUUUUUAGAGGGUAUAAAAUACCGUUACGUAGUUUUAUUUUUUUUUUUUUUUUAGACCAUAAGACGUGGCAUUUUAAAGGGGUAUCUAAAGGGAAGCUAUCUGUGUAAACUCUGUGUGGCCCUGUGAUUGUGUGUUUUUCAGUACUGAUUGGCUUUCCUGUUUGUCUGUAUUUACAUGAGGAUCCCUGUAGGGGGCGUGCAGUUCUGUGUAUUGUGGACCACCAAACAAGGUUGACAAUCAUUAGGGUGUAUGACAUUGUGGCUUAUUCACCCGACCUAUAUUUUGCAUUGGUUGCUAUGGCCAGAAUAUUGCUGUAGUAAUUGUAUAGAUUUCUCAAGAGAUUUAAUGAACACUCCAUGUGGUACAGGGUCUUACAUCUUCAUGAAGGUAAAACGGAGGCAAUAUGGCCACACCCAGGAAACUUUCACAAAUUCAGAAUGACAGGUUGCACACUGUUCUGUGUAAAACAGGUGAUGGGACUGCUGACUGAAUCACUGUGUUAAUAUGUGGUCUCUUCUUACCUGGAUGAGCCAGGAACCCCCAAACACAUACUUAUGUAGGCCAUCUCACCAAUCACUGUGUGGAUGCUUAGCUUCCUCUUGUUCUGGUUUGUUUAAUAACCCCAAGCACAUCCUAAUGGAGGCCAUCUCCUCAAGUACUGUGGGGCCUUCUCUAGUUCUGGUUUGGUCAGUAACCUCAAGCACAUACUAAUAGAGGCCAUCUCUUCAAUCAUUGUGUGGACCUUUGGCCUCUUCUUGUUCUAUGUUGGUCAUUAACCACAAGGAUAUGGGGAGGUUUCCUUGGUGGCCUGGUUUUCAGAUAUUGAUGGAAUUGCCAGGUUGAAGCACAGGUGGUCAUCUUUAGACCAUGCAAGGUCUCUAGAUGUUACUUCAGAGACUGAUCAAGUGUCAAAUAAAUAUAUAAAUUAUAUAUAUAGUGCCUUCCCUAGACAGAGUGCCAAUUUGUACAGUUUCUGUGAGGAAGUGCCCAUACCCACCUAACCAUGCAGACCUGUUAGGCAUAUAUACAAUAUAUUGAUGACAUUAUUAUAGUGUUAUAAUUGAAAAAGGAUUAGGUUGCUGUGAGUGCUCCAAAGCCUUCUGGGACUCCUAUAGUGGCAGCAUAGAGACUCAACCAAGUCUUCCCUGCAGCAGUCACCUUAGAAGACUAUGGUAUAAGCACCUUUGAUACCACACUGCUUGUUCUAGACUGAAUUUGAAUACUGCUAUGUGCAGAGAUUUUUUAGCUUUCUGAAUAUUGCAUUAGGGAAAUAUGGGCAGUGCGGGAAAUUAAUUUGCCAAAGCACCAAAAUGCUUUCAUUUAUUCAUGAAGGUUACGAUAAUAAUAGCUGAAGGGAGACAGUCGCGUCAGGUCACAAUGGAAGCCAUUGGGCAUUGUGUUGCCAUUAUGGUUACAAUGUAUCUCAAUAAGCUAUUUAAUCCUCUUAUUUUGUAACAUUCCCAUGGGUAAGGUGCAGUUAAGCUAAGAUUUAUUGUGCCGUGCAAACAAUGCGCUAUUACUAGUUAGAGGACCAGUAAAGAGGAAACAAAGGUUCUUUUAAUUACAUUAACAUUCGUUUUAUAUCUGAUUCUUUAAAGGAUAAGUAAAUCUUUAAAACAAAUGAUUGUCAAAUUGAUGAGAGUGCCAUUCUAAGCACUUCUACAAGAUAUAAAGAGGAACGUGUCCUGUAAAUACCAAUGAACUUUGCUACAACUGCUAGUAAGUUUCUGACCGCGAUCCAGUGAAGGAACUUCCAAUAACUUCUCAUAUCUUUCCUAACCAGAACAGCCCUUUUUCUGACAACUUCCUCCACUGGAUCAUGGUUGGAAACUGACCAGCAGAUAGUAUUGGAACAAAAUUCAUUCAUAUUACCAGUACAUAUUUCCCUUAAUAUCUUGGACUCUUAAAAAUGUACAUGGCAAAAGUGUUUAGAAUAGCACUCUAAUGUUACACUCACUUGUUUUAAUGGUUUACUUAUCCUUUAUGUCAGGGGUCCCCAACCUUUCUUACUCGUGAGCCUCAGUCAAAUGUAAAAAGACUUGGGGAGCAACACAAGCACCAUAAAAGUUCAUGGAGGUGCCAAAUAACUGCUGUGAUUGGCUAUUAGGGGCCUCUAUGCACACUAUCAGCUUACAGGGGGCUUUAUUUGGUAGUAAAUCGUGUUUAUUCAACCAAAACUUGCCCCCAAGUCAGGAAUUCAAAAAUAACUCCCUGGUUUGGGGGCACAAAGAGCAACAUCCAAGGGGUUGGGGAUCACUGCUUUAUGUAAUUAUUGAACCUAAGAAUAAUACCCAAAGUAAUACCUGCAUUACUAUGUUACUGGCUCUUUAAGGACAGAGACAAGAUACAAUUUAGAAGGAAAAAUUCUGCAUUGAUAGGGAUUGUAUAAAAAAACAAAACUUAAGCCUUAAUAAGCAACUGGCUGUCUUGGAUGCCAUAUUGCCAGAUACAUGGAAACAAUAGGCAGAAAGAAAAGUAAAGAUGGCUCUUUCUGCCGCUGUGCACUAUGGGACUCUAUAUAACACUACCUGGGAUACAAGUAGGAUACUUUUUGCAUGAAAGAGACAUACUGACCAAUUGAAGGGAAUAAAAAAAAAAUUGGUGUACCUUGGCCAUCUUCUUGCCUUGUGUUGGAAUGUCAGCAAUAGAACCAUCCAACCGUAUCUUCAUGAUAUGUUGGCCACUUAAGGGCAAGGCCAUGCUGCUUUUAACUGAAAAUUUGCAGCAAUGCCAUUUGCUAAGGAUUUGCACAGAACACAAAAGGUUAAUUUCCCAAAUGAGUUAAAGAGUCUGUUCACCCUCAAUGUCCAAAUCUUAUUAAACCACCAAGAAUGCUCUUAAUAUGUAAAAAUGCCACUGUUAAAGCUAUUUAUACCUGUUAAAUCAGUCUUCUGUCUCUCUGAUCAGUUUUCUAAAGGCAUGGGAGUGGCCUAUUUUCAACCUGACUUAAUGAGAACUUCCUGUAUGCUUACAUCAUCACGUCCAGGCUUUGCCCUUACUUUUUCCUUGAUUGGUUAAUUUCUCCCUUGCAAUAGCAUAGGCAAACACUCAGCAUAACACAAAUCUAACAUCAUGUUAUAGGAGCUGCCAGUACUAUGCCUGACAUCAUAAAAGUAAAGAAGUGACUGAAGUGUUUAUAGGGGUCACCGAUACCCCCAGCACAGGGUCUGUGCAGAAGUGAAGAAUCAGCAGCAGCAAACAACCCCUUUAAAUGUAUGAAAGCAAAAAACCUGGGCAAUGGUGUGUUACAGAACUCAUCAAGUUCUCAUCUGGUAAAGGAGAUAGUUGCUAAAUCUCCAAAAGCAUUAAAAAAACAGUACGAUGAGACAUUCCAUUUAUACACAGCUAUUUCAGCAUAGGGAACAGACACAAACACACAAUUUUCUUUUACAUUAUAGGUUAAAGGCAAUACAUACCCUGGCGAGAGUGAAAAGACACUUCAUUGGCCAACUCUCAGGUUUUGGAGUUCAGGGUUUUGAACCUCUUGUCCUUAAUAUCCACAUCUGCGGUGCUGAUUUGCUUGGUAUUCCAGGGUCCAGUCAAUUUAGUGGAUAGAUUGCACACAUUUUUGGUGUAUCUUCUGUGUUUAGUGUGAAUUUUUAAACUUUGCAACUUUACAGGGAAGGUAAAUGCCAGAUUGAAGAUAGUAUCUUUUCAUUAGUAGUAGGGCACAAGGCCUUUUUGCAUUAUAUCAAUGCCCAGUGAAACCCUUUUCUGUUGUGCCCCCUCCCUAAGCACAUUAAUGCACACUGAGCAGUCACUAAACCCUAGAAGAAUAGGAAGCUACUGGCACAAGAGGGGCCUGUGAUCUGUAAUGUAAGUGCCACAAGUCUGCUGGCCGGGGAAGAGGCAUGGUAGCCCUAAUACUAAUGAAACAAAACAGUGUUUAAUCUGAGCUUUAUUUUCUUUAAUUUUAAGAUUUUUGUUCUAAACAUUACAGUCUAACUAAUCUGCCUUAAAUGCCCCUAGCGCAUGACCUACAUUGAAUAGCAGGUGUCGCAUUUUGCUUUUUAAUGUGGUUGCUUGGUCCAAGUGUUACUGUGCAUUUAGUAUUGUUAAUGAAAUGCUUCUUUAUGGAACCAUACUUCCCCAGCUAAGAGCUGCCUUGCUUAGCACUGAAGCAGAGCAGCAGUUACAGUGAAGGGGACACAGGGAUCCUUUUAUACGGUUCCCACUACUACAUUGCUAUACAGUGAGCAAAGUGAAGUGCAUGGAGUAAAAAGGUCAUAUUGUCUAUAUUUUGUAUAAAGCUGUGUGUAAAUGAUUUACUUUUAUGGAUGUUUGUGUAAAUUAUACUCCAGAGCUCCCUGCUGUGGCGGAGCAAUGUAUGGCAGACCACCAUUUACCAUAGUAUUAAGUGCCCCCCUCCCUUUUCCUGUUACUUUGCGCUAAGAAGCAAAAUCAGUUCAAUUUUGGGGAGAUGGGGGCUUCCCUCACAAAGUAUAUAAACUUUUUAUGAAGAUCUUGUUGUCUUGUUGCCUUUUAUACUCUAAAUGAUAACCUUUAUUAAAGUCAGUGGAAUAUUAAG